GUCGAGCUGUAAAAUCAGGAAGGAUGCAGGAGUUUUGGCGUUUCCACUAGUUACCACAGCUACAGUUGAAAAUGGACGAUAUCGUAAAAAUUCGCUUUUUGGGCUAAAUUUACGGCUAUGCGUAAGGUUAUCAGUGUGGUUACGGUUAGGUUUAAAAUCAGAUUUUUAAGAAGAAAAAUGUUAGAAAUGGGCGAGAUGUAGCCAUAAUUAUGACUUUGUGGUUGUGUUAACUAGUGACGACCAGAGGCUUAAUGUGCAGCCAGAGAUACUCCUUUCUCUAAUAUCUCUGGGACAGUUUAUCUGUGACAAAAUGUCGAUGACUACUCUGCAGAAGGUUACUCUGAUUUCCUGCUCUGUCCUCUGUGUUUCGUUAUUCCUUCCCAAAAUGCUUUUACCGAGAGGGAAGAAGGAUGUAGGGCAGCCCGAGGUUGGUCCUGGGUAUUAUCCUCCCAUGAUGCAUCGCCUACAGAUGCCAGAGGAGGGCCUCGGACAGUGGAUGGAGGGGACUCAUGACUCUGGGCCCCACAGCCCUGAGGUCCUGGCUAAAGCCAAAGGCAUGGGCACACUUCAGAUCCGAGGAGCCACUAAAUACAAUCUGAUCAGCCAGGCCAUUCCCAUCUACGGAUUUGGAAUCCUACUCUACAUCCUCUUCAUCAUAUUUAAGAUGACAACUAGGCCUAAAGGAAAAAGUACUAAACUGGUAUGCCGAUUUCCUACAAUGUCAUCUGAAGCUUGGCAGAAGAAGAGGACAGAUGAUGAGCUGGCCCAGCUUCAGGAGAAGCUGCUGGAGACAGAGAGAGUGAUGGAGAGAAUCGUCUCCAGAAGGAGCAGCACUCCUGACAGCAGGACUAGCAGCAAGGUUAGAAGAGCAUCCAAGCAGGAGGAGAAGUUACUGCGGAAGCUGAGCAAGAUCAGCCGGGUGAUGCAGGAGGUACGACUGAUGGAGGGGGCCACACCUGAGAUGGAGGCUGAGAUGGUGCCCUACACAGCUGACUGGGAGGGCUACCCUGAGGAGACCUACCCCAAGUAUGAGGAGCCCGGUGGCAGACGCAGUGGCAGUUAUGACCCCAUCACCAUCCAGGAGGAGCCUGCUGCUGACUCAGAGAUACCCACUGCUGAGGCCCUGGCUGAGGCGGUGGUAGAUGAGGAGGAUGACAUAGAAGAUGACAUGGAGGAGCUGCAGGUCUGCCUGCCCCCGCCACCUGAAGGAGGAUUGGAAGAAAAGGGUAGUAGUCCCAGCAGAGUAAAAAAGCAAAUCAGAUUCAGCGAUCACAAAGAUGUGUUUCACUACCCUAAGCAGGAUACGGUCUAUGAAUAUAGGUAUGAAGAGGUGAAAGAAGAGGAGAAUGAAGAAGAGGAUGAGGAGGAGGAAGUUGAAGAGAAGGAGGAGGAGGAGGAAGAGGAGCAAGUGGAUGAGACAGAAGAAGAAGUAGGUGAUGAAGAAGACCCACUGAUGGAGGCCGAGGCUCUCCGUUUUAGUUGUGACGUCUGUAGUAAUCCAGAGGCAGAAGCAGAAGAAGAGAUGGAAGCAGAAGAAGAGUACAUUCUACUGUCUCAGUCUGAAGAGACAGACAGCCUCACCCCACCAGAUAUGGCUGGGGAGCUGGGGAUUGGGAGUUUUCUCAGGAUGAGGAACAGGAGAGAGACAUAGUGGGCAGAGUCAAUAAGGAAACUAGCUCAUCCUAAACUCCCUAGCCCUUUGACCUUACUGAGUGUUUUGAAUAUUCCCAAGAAUGUACCUCUCCUUAUGCAAAUCCCCGUUUUCUAUCCUGUCUCCUUGUGUCCCAAGACAAGAUGAAUGGGUGAAUUUUAUGAUCCUAACUAGACUACCUAAUACCCUAAUAUUCAUGCUGCUUUAAAGAAAACCAUUUACCAUUUACCUUCACAAUUCACCAUGUCCUUUGAUGACAGACAUCAAACUAUCUGACUCUAACCUUAUUCCAAUAUGGCAGUCAAGCAUUGUAGACCCUGGUAUCCUCUGGGAUAGAUUGUAAACAGAGAGAGCAGGGACCCACAUGAAUAAUCUACCUCUGUUUACUCAUUUAAAUCCAGCUUUUGUAUCUCAAAUCUAUUAAAAGUGGACAUUGUAUUAAAAGGUCUUAUAAAAAUUCAAACCAGCAACUAUUAAGCCCAGAAUGUAUCCGUAAUAAAAAAUGAAUUGUCCAUGAGUCGGA